CACACCAAUUCUCACACAUAUAGAAUUCUGCGCACCAUUUUCAUUUUUCCACUGUCAAAUUACUACGGAACGAAGGAGAAACGACGACGACGAUGAAGGCGAAGGAGCAAAACGCAAGAAAUUGAAAUUGGGAAGCGCGUACGAGCAAAAUUUGGUGAAAAAAAUUGUGAAAAGACGUGAAUUUAUGGGCGCAAUAUGUGUAAUAUUAUGAGUAUUAAAGUGAUAUUUUCAUGCUGCAUAAUUGCAUGCUAUUGGUGAAGUGAAUUUUUGACAAAAUUAGCAAGCUUGCUUACUGUUCACUGCCGUCGCCGCAGUUGCUGCAUUGGCCGAAGCCGCAGCGAGGACGUCGCGCCCGUCAUCAACGUAGCUAUACAGAGUGGAGCCCGAGACAAGAAGAAACCGUCGCUGCUGCUAUUUGUAUUGCUGUAGCCGACGUAGGCCAUUGUAUGUGCGGCGUGAAUGAACGAAUGGUGUGUGUAUGAGUGCGUGUGCCACAGAAGUGGCAGUGGCAAAACGCGCAGAAACGAAAAAUAAAAAUAUAAUUGAAAUUCAUAUUCGUUGAGUGAAAUAUUUGCAUGUAGUUAGAAAAGUAAGAUAUAUUUGCACAGUUUUUGGUACUUGUAGUACGGUUAAUAAAAAUAAUGUGUAAUUGAUGAAAUAAGCAACAAAAUUGAUAGCUUUAAACCCAAUUGGGGGGGAAUUUGUAUUGAAAAUUUUUAGUAGAUGUGGAAAGUAGAAAACUAAGAAAAAGUGUAAAACAACGAGAAGUGAAGGGGGCCAUGAGAAGCUGUAACAUUUCGCUCUGCCUUCGAUCGCGAUGAUAACACCGUGUGUGCGACAGAGAUGAAUAUCGUGCUUUAGUUGACAGCAACAAACGGAUAUAAAUCAUGAAAAAAUAAAAAAAAGUGUAAAGAAGAAACUCGGACAAAGUGGAUGACGAAAAGAAAUUGAACAAAGAGGAGCGCAGUGAAGUGUGUGUGAGUGGGAGAAGUGGAACAAACGAAAUUGUGAAAGAAAACAUAAAAAUAACUAUUCCAAAUGCAGGAAGCGUCAACAAAAUGGAUAAUAAAACAAUACAGUUGGAUUUCAAAUUACUGGUAGCGCAGUCGUUAAAUCUGCUCGACAGUCUCGAUUCAGCAUCACAACGUGAUGCUCUUCAUUACCUAUUGCGUACGCUGAAAUGUAAAUAUCCCGAGGCUUGCGAACAGGCGACGAGGUCUCUUUUCCCGUAUAUCGCCGAUGAGUUUGCCAGCUCCACAAAAACGGCUAACAAGAAACAGUUGCAACUGCAACUGUUGCUCACUGCCAAAAAAGAAGAAAUUAAAACUGAGGAUGAAGGUUCUACCGAUCUGAAUCAGAAUUUUGAGAAAAUCCUUUGCAAAGAGGAGCUCAUGUGCCUCGAUGAGGAUGACGAAGAUUUGGAUGGUGAUGCUGACAUGGAAGCUGAUGUUGCAGGCAAUGAUGCUAACGCAGAAAACUCGUCUUCCAACAAUAGACGCUUACAUUACAGCAGUGUGCGCGUUCAAAAACAAGAUCCGCUGGAUCUUAUACCUUCGUCCAUUAUCGAUACGCAACACUUGACAAAGGCAAAAUAUCGUGCUUCCUAUCAGCACCCAAACGUAAGUAGCAGUGCACGUAUUGGUGUUGACGACAGUAAUAAUAGUUGGGAUGCGAUGGCUGCGUGUGAUCAAGUAAAAAAACUCUCGCGCCUCCAUAAUAAGAACAAUAAUCACAAUCAUCCGAGGUUGCUUAGUGAAAAGCUCGUUUUCCGUACUGGUGAACAAAAUACUCGAGUUCCGAAAGCCGAAGAUGAUUACUUUUUCUAUCCGGACAAUGAGUGGACCAUACACUAUCAUCACAGUACGGGCGAAUUCAGUGUGCGGGCCUACAAGAAACUCUUUCGUUUUCGUUUGCAGACAGCCCUAAGUGAAGAGCAUAAACCCUUCUUAAAGCAAUUCUAUAAGAAUUUCAUUGUGUCGGGUCAGCUGAUGGGCACAAGACCGCCACCUCAUGUACUACAGGCACUACGUGAACAACGUCGGGAAGAAUGGCAACAGAUGCAACAACGCAAGUUGGCCGUUGCAGCUGCUGCAGCUACUGUGAAUGCGCAUAGGCGACGUCUUUUACCAGCGAUCGCCUUGGACUCGGAGCUGGAGUCCGAAUCUGAGUCGCAAAUGUCGUCGGUAGCACCGCAAGAUACCUUGAAAUUCGAGGAGAUUAUUGAUGAAGGUGAGGGCGCUGAACGUCUAAUGCAUGGCAUGGAAAUGGGGCCGGAUAUCGAAGAUGUGUUGGGCAGUGGCAGCAGUGUCAGCGGCAGUGGUCAUAGCAAUAGUAGUAAUGGCGGUGCUACCACAGAUUUGCCAGAAAGUGUGUCGACGAUGGUAACAACGACAAACAACACAAACACAGUUUCAUUAGUGGGUGGUGAGAGCAUGGCAAGUUCAAGUCUGGGCAGUAUCAGCAACCAUUUGCAGCAACAUAAUCAACAGCAACAACAAGGAAGCAACAGCCUUGUGUUAAAUGGCCUUACAGCAAGCAAUAAUAUAAGUAAUCUUAGCUACAACAGUCAGCAAUUAGCAAAUAUUGUCGGUGAUCUUCCGAGUUUGAAUCCUAAGGAGCAGAAACAGCAGCAGCUGCAGUGCAUUAAUACUCAGAACGAGCCACGAUGUCGACUGUUGAUAAAUCAACAGCAAAACUAUUCCAAGCAAUACCUGCAAGGACACACCGAUCAACACCCGAGUUCACUACCUUUUCCGAUACUAAACGAGGUGGCACGAGAAAAUGUUGCAACUGUGCCUGCAUUGGAUAAUGGGAAUAAUUGUAAUAUCAUUAUCAACACACAUGGCGACAAAAAUGGUCCCAUGAUAUUGCCAGCGUUAAAUAACAGUAGUAAUAGUAGUGGCAGUGUUGGGGACCCUGGAGUUGACACUCCAGCGAUGAAACCAAUAACCGAAAGUCUCCAUAACAAUGUGUUAAAUACGAAUCAGUCCCAUUUUCUUGCACACCCACAACAACAAGAGCAACAGAGGCUAAUAUUGCAUAAUCAAAAACAAGAUACUCCACAGCAGCAGCAGGCACACCAGCCGCAGCAACAACAUAACCUUAAUGCGAACUUGCAGCAACAACAAACGAAUCCUUUAACAUUGUUGGGUGGCAUGGCCGAGAACGCACAACAACAAUUGCAGCAGCAGCAGCAGGAACAACUUCAGUUGCAACAACAGCGCAUGCAGCAGCAGAGCUCCGCAACUGCUACGUUUAUAAACAGUAUUGACAAUAUACUCGAGGGUAGCAGUUUGCCCGCUGUGGUGCAACAGAAGCAGCUGCAACAACAUUUCAAUUCGGAGUUGCUGGCGCAUUCACCUUCACUGCAGGAACAGGGUCCGCAGCAAACCCCAUUGACAGCACAAUCGCAAAUGCAGCUGCAACAACAACGACUGCAACACACUCUGCCAAUGUUGCAUAUGCAUCAGCAGCAUACGGACGCGCUGCAACAGCAACAACUGCAGCAACAGCUGCAACUGCAACAGCAACAGCAAAUCGCCAGUACGUCUUCCGCUUGUGCCGUAACCACACCACCACCGGCAUCGGCAAUGGCAUUGACUAGUGCACUCUCAGCAUGCGCGACACCCAGCAGUGUUAUGACUGGUAUUUCCGCAACUGCGUCUACUUCAGGCUCAAUCUCAUCGAACUCUUUGAAUGUGUCAUUGGGUCUGGACGAAAAUGAUUUGUCGCACGAUGAGGAUGAUGACCUAGACGAUCAUGAUUUGGAUGACAUGGAACCGAAGCAGCAGCUUAUUGAUGGUGGUAGUAGCAGUAGUACCUCUCUGCAAGCACCGCCUGGUAGUGUAGGGGGUAGCGGCGUUGCUGGCACUGGUGCGGGGGUGAAAAAGGCCAAACCCUGCUAUCAGUGCUUGCAAUGUCCAAAGUCGUACCGCAAACGCAAAUCAUUGUUGGACCAUUAUAAAAUUCAUCCUGGUUUCUGCCAUGAUUGUGGACAACCGAAUGGUACAUCAUUGGAGGAAAUAAUUCAUCACAAUCGUACAAUACACGCCAAGGAGUUUCCAUUCGUCUGUAACACAUGUGGCGAAUCCUAUUCGCGUCGUCAACAAUUCCAUGCCCAUGUUGAAUCUCACAGCAGAAAAGAAUUCAAAAGUGAGUCCUACUCUUGCACCGAAUGUGGACAAAAGUUUCCGCACAAGAAACUGCAUCAACAGCACUUGGACACGACGGGUCACAAGGCGGAUGGAGCUAUUUGUGAAGUUUGUGGCGCAGAUUUUCUCUCGAAGAAUGCACUUUAUCAGCAUAUAAUACGUGUCCACAAAAAAGAUAACUUUUUCGAGUGCCACAUUUGUCAGAAUCGUUUUACUUUGAAAGCGAAUUUGGAGCGCCAUGUACAGCUACACACGGAAGUGAAACGAACAUACGUUUGCGAUAUAUGUGGCUCGUCGUAUUUUACAUAUCCGGCACUGAAAGAUCAUUACAGCAACGCGCACACCGAUGCAUCGGAAUGUAAGUGUACUUUAUGUGGCAAACGUUUCGGUUCAGUGAAGUCACUGCAGCGACAUUUGCCAUCACAUUCGGAGGAGCGGCCGCACUGCUGUUGUUACUGUGAUCAGACUUUCAAGUGGAAAACUCAUUUGGUGCGCCAUAAGCAAACCGUCCACGGCAAUCAACCAUCACCGAAGAAAGUUAAACGCUUCGCCAAGGAUGAAGAAAUGACACCUACGCCAGAUAUGCCGGGUCCUCCACCUGCGAAAAUUACAAAAAAGUCAAAUGCGAGUAAACCAAAGCAGCAGCAGCAGACGCAGCAACAAAAUCCCCAACAACAGCAAUUACAAAGAGGUGUGAGCAGUGUUUCCACACCGCCGCCCCUUUCCACCACACCAGGCACAUCACAGCAGGAUCCAUUCAAUGCAUCGAUGAUUAGCAACAGUAGUUCUCAAUCUUCGACAGCGUCAGCAUCGGCGUCACAGCAUUCGCUGUCCACCAAUGAAUCUCAGCAGAAUUCCAUGUAUACUCAAAAUUUUAGCGCCGAAAAAUUAAUUGGGCAUCAGACACAACAACAACAACAGCAGCAGCAGCAACAGCCACAACAAGCAUUGGCUCAGGUGCCAACACAACACUGUAAUCCAGCAGUAGCAGUAGCAGCUCAACAUGCGCAGCAACAACAACUUCAGCAACAGCAACUACAACAACAAAGGCCAACGCCGCCACCAGCGCAGCAGCAACAUCAACGUCGCACGCCCAAUACGCCUAAUAAUGGUACACCGGAUGGAACUGGCAGCAGCGGUAACCCCAGCAUCGGCGUCGGGGUCGGUGGCAGUAGUAAUUUGCCCGGCAAUAAUCUUAUGUCGCGGCUGAAUAAUUUUGGUCCACCUAGCGGAGCUGGUGUCGGUAAUGUAACGGGUGGGCCAGAGUUUCACUUCGACCCCAAUCAUGGUGCAUCUGGCGGUUCAAGCACCGCCAACGCAUACCAACAACAUCAACUUAUUAAUCAAUACCAGCAGCAGCAUCACCAACAACAGCAAGCUGCAGCAUCAGUGGCUGUAGUACAACAGCAGCAGCAGCAUAUGCGCAGCCAUACUCCACAAAGCCCGCACCAACCGCAUCCUCAGCAACAGCAGCAACAUUUUACGUCUCCGCACCACAUGCCUGCAACACAACAACAGUUACAUCAUCAUCAGCAAAUGUUGCACCAUCAGCACCAAAUGCAGCAGCAACAACAACAGCAACAUCGUCACAAUCAGCAGCGUUCACCGCAUCAUCAUGCUACGCCUACUCAACAGCUGCAGCAACAACAUCAUCAGCCAUCACACUCGCCACAACGCGGACGCUUGCAAUCACCACAACCUCAACCGUCACAAAUGCAACAUCAACAGCAGCAGCAACAGCAGCAACAACAACAACAAUUGCAACAGCAGCAACAAUAUGCGCUACAACAACAAGCGAAUGAGCCGGCUUGGGCCAAUAUUGGAUUUAACACAAAUUCGAUUGGUGUUGUCAACACGCAACAAUCCCAGCCACAGCAACAACAACCACCAUCCCAACCACAGCAGGGCGUGGUGGGGGGCUCACCUAGUAGUGAGCUCAAAGACAACCCCACAAAGUUCUACAUUGUUGAUGCACCCGAUUUCCUUGGCCUUCCAAUGAAUGUCGGCUCUAAUGGUGGUGCGACGGGAGCACCAACACCAAAUUCCCUUUCUCAACAACAGCAACAACAACAACAGCAGCAGCAGCCUUCAGUGGGUUCAGGCGGUGGUGUGAAACAGCAGGAAUCACCGAUAAGCGGAGAGCUUAUCAACUUUCAGAAUAUGUGGCCAACGGCUGGUCCCACUACAUCACAAAUGAUGUUUGGAGGUAGUACACAACAACAACAACAACAACAGCAGCAGCAGCAGUCACAACAGCAGCCGCAAAACAGUGCACAACCUGGACAAGGUGGUGCCGUUAGUGUUAGUGGUGUUGGCGUUAGUAUUGGCGGUGCUGAUUCGCAUAACUACAACAAUAUUGGCAGCAUACUCACGAAUCUUAUUGAAACCAAUCCACCGCAAAUGGAGUAUAACUUUGAUUUAAUGCAGCCAGGGGCCUCGCAAAUGGGCGUGUCACAGUCGCAGCAGCAGCAUCAACAAAAUUCACUUUCAGCUCAUCAACAGCAGCAGCAGCAACAACAACAACAGCCACAGCAUGCACACUCCGCUCAUCAACAUCAACCCCAUCCACAUCAACAUCAGCAACAUCACAGUGCUGCAGCUGCUGCGGCCGCCGGUAAUUAUGGUGCAGCCGGUUUGAUUCGCCACACUAGCAUAUACGGCUCUCCAAGUGGUGCUUCACUAUAUGAUACUAGCGCUGCUGCUGCCGCAGCUGCGCACCAUCACCAUCACCUGCCUUCCCAUCAUCCCAGUCUCGCGGACUUGUCAGAGCAACACCAAAAGAAUAGUUUUCAGCCUUAUCACCCGCACACCGCAUCACACUCACUGAGCGGACACCAUCCACUUGCGCCGACCGCUCACCAUCCGCUUGCACCACAUUUGUUACCGCCUCCGCCACCGCAUGCAAGCAUCUAUGAUCGCGGCGUUGGUAGUGGCGGAUAUCCUGCGAUGCUGAUGGGUAGUGGCGGUGGUGGUGCUGGUGGCGAAGAGCAGAAAACGGUACUACCACCAAUCAGUGAUUAUAUGCAUCACAUACAACAGCAGCAACAACAACUGCAGUCACAACACCCGCAACAAUCGGACCUAGUCUACUAUCCAGUGAAGAACGAUUGACAUCUAAAGUAGGGCGUGGCGAUAAGUGGGGGGAUAGUUACAAACGAGCAACAUCGUUACAGCGCAAACAGUAGUAGCAUAAGCGACUAUGCAACGCCGAAACGGCUGCUGACAGAAGAGCAAAAAGUAAGCAUAAAUUAUCACCCACAUCAACAGCUGCCGCCAACAUACAGACAUUACCACAACAAUAAAAGCGGAGAAGCACAUUUGCAUGCACAACAACCGUUACAUCACCAUCUCCAACAUUACGCUGCUGCGCAUCAUCAACCGCCGCAUGCUUGGUGGCAUGCGGUCACAGCGCUUAGCGCACCUGCACCCGCAACAACGCCACUCGCAGCGGGCGGUGGAGGUGGAGGUGAUGUAGCGGAAGAAGUAAAUGCAGCGCCAGCUACAUUUGCAGCUCCUACAACUAAGAGAGGCGAACAUUUCUAAGCGUAAGUUAGGGAUUGUAAACUGCAAAAUACGUUAUUAUGAAGAAAUUAUAUACAUAUAAAAACAAACUUAUAUAAUAGAAGCUAGGGUUAUACAGACUUCCUAAAUCAUUGCGCUUAACUCGAUUUAUAUCUAAAAACCUCCUAACGCUAGAGAAUGCACGCAAAGGGACCAAUGGUAACAAAAAUAAUUUGAAAAAGGAGUUUUCCUUUAAAAAAUUACUCGUGACUUUUGAACAUUUAUCAGCUGAAAUAAAAGUUAGACCUCUAUUCGAAACCGAUUGAGAUAGUAAAUAAUAUAUGAUAUUUCUUCGGAGACAACUUUCCCAUAAAUAUUUGGUCAGAUUCUGGUCUGCGAGUAUAUAGCGUUGUGGUGCCUAAGCGCCCAUAAGGAUUAGCGUCAUAGACGUGUGCAUAUGAUUAGGGACGAGAUAAUGCGAGCAUACACAUACACAUGUAAACAAAUGUGUUGCAUAAGUUAUGCGAGUUAAUAUAUCACAAAGUUUAAUUUAUAGAAAUUAUGUAAAUAUUUUUAAAACGAAGUAAAAUAUAAAUAUUAUCAAUACAGUUAUAAAUUUACUCAUUUGCACUUAAGCCUCAAAUAUUGUGCUUCAUUAUUCACCCGAUAAACUACAGAACAGGGCAAUUGUACAGCAAGCAAGCAACAACAAUUGGUGGCGUGUAAACUUCAUACCACUAAAUUGACAUCAACAAGUAAAUACAAUGAAAACAAACUGAAACAUAAAAGUACACAAGCCUUUAGGAAGUAAGUUGGAUUGUUUAAUUAUGCCUACUACACCUAAGAGGCAGUUACAUUUUGUUUUAACUACAUAUACGCAUGAUAUGUCUAAAUAUGUAUAUGCAUACAACAUAUAUAAAUAGUUUUAUAAAUAUACGUACAUAUACAUGCUUACUAGUAUAUACUAUAGGGUGUAUAUCAUUGAUUGUACAUAGAUGAAUGCGAAACAAAUCUACACAUUUGCACUUUGUAAGUUUAUUUAAAAUAGCCCAUUCAAGAUUUAUUUAACACUCCUCAUUAUCUAUAACCUUUUUAUUUAUAUUUAUUUAUAUUUAGGACUCGUAUUUCUAGAGUUAUUACCUGAUUUUUACGCCAGUUUUUCGGUGCUUGUUUAACUGUGAGGACAAAAUCGUUUCGACUUGCUUUAGGUAGAUAUCCAUGUUAAACGUGCACUGAAAAAAUGGCCCUUAGCGGGAUUACGGUAUUCUCUGUCAGUAAAUUGACGCCAGUAAUUAUUUUUAUACGUUAAAAGUUUGCAAUCUCUUAUUCACCAGUUAUACUCGUAUUUUCAUUACCCCAUUACCCAACCAAAAACCUUCGUUCCUUAACUAAAAAAAUUUUUUUUUUCAGUUAAUAUAGUUUUGAACUAUUCUAUUUUUUCAUAUGCCACUAUUCAAUAAUAUCAAAAUUCGCUCCAAUAUUGUUUGUUCUCAAAAUGAAUUAAUGUGACUUUAAAUUUUAAGCAUCCUCUUAUUUUGGUUACACAUAAACUAUUUAUUAAUUUCAUUAUGCUUCAUUACACACAUAAUAUUGAUUUAGUGACUGUUUCGAACGAGAUUCUAUCAAAGCGAAUUCUAAACUCUGAUGCAGGUUUUUUGCACACUCAUACUUUGAUUGCAACUGUUGGUUCAAAAGCUUUUUGAUCUCUGCCAUAUUCAGAUCAUAGCCCUUGAAUCAUAAUAAAUUUUAGACUUUAUAUGUGAGAAUUUUUGUCUUGUUAUUUAUAUAAUUAUAUACAUAACGUCAAGUGCUACCUAAUUAUUGAUUGGCUUAGUCCUGAAAGCGCCUGGCUUAUUCAAAUCUGUUUAAAAUUUUCUUGAAAUUAUUUUAUAUUUUGAAUCAAAUGAAAUUGUGGAUAUUACUUGCCAAAAUAAAAACUAUUAAGAAUAAUUUGAAGUCAAUUUGGCCUAUUGAAAAUAUAUAUGUAUUUGAAAUUUAAAUAAAAAUGCAAUGAAAGUAUGAAAAACUAUGCGAAAAAUUUGUUCCAGCUUGUUUCAAAUCGAAUACAAGUUUACUAACAUUUUGCACCACUUUGAAAAACGGUAACAAUAGGCUGCUUUAAAAAUAUGAUUAUUACAAUAAAAUUUAAAGUUAUCCUUUAAAAUAUACUCAUUCACAUAAUCCUCAACUCGCUCGAUAAUGCGAAAAUAUGAAGUCUAUAUUCUGCCGUGCUUCUCGAAAAUUUAUUCUGCCAAGAUUUUAAUUGAAUUUGGAUUUCGUGCUGUGACUGUGACAGCUUGUGAGUCGAGCGGAUUUAGGAUUACAGUUUUGAUUCAUUUAGAACUGCACGAUUGAACGAUUUGUACAAGAAAUCAAACGAUAAAAAUUUCAGAACUUAAUCAUCAUAAUAAUCUGAUAUUAAAAAAAAAAAAAUGAUUUCCUUUUUUUUACCUCCUUUGGGUAUAACAGUUAUUAUUUACAGUCCAACCUAGACAAGCGUGAACGACGGCGAACUCCACAAGUGAGAAGAGUUACGUAAUUUGAAUACUCGAAAAUGUCGUAUGUAGACGCUACAGCGUGUCGUGUUGUUGUGCUUAGUCUAACUUACAAACAACGCAUUUUCGUGUGUUUUUGUUUUUGGAAACUGUGUUUCUUAAAAAUUUUGUUUGUCUCCUAAACACCCGCAUCCAGGUUGAAGUGUAAUAACUCGUCCCUUUGUUAUUUGGUCUUGACCAUAUAUAUAUUUUUUUUUUUUGCUACUGAUUGUUAAAACUUAAACAUUUGGUUAAAUAAAACCUAUCGUUCAAUCGUCCAGACCUACAUAAACAAUUAUUUUUGCACUGAAAGUAUAAAUAAAAUGUCAACUUAUUAAUAAAUUCAUAAGUAAAAAUUUGCUAAAAAGAAUAUUUUACUAAAUAUUCAAAAUUACUCGUAUUGUGCAUCCUCGAAGUUUUUGUCUAAAGCUUAGUACUCUGUUCCCAUUUCACGUAAAAUACCAGCCGAAAUCCAUAUGAAAUUCUCGGCUAUGAAAUUUCCAAGGCACAUUCCUUGAAGGUGGUGGCACUAGACCAACAACAAUGUGCUGUACAUUUGAUUGUGAAAACAAAGUAUUGAGAAACUAGAAAACAAAUAAUGAAUACGCCUUUUUUCAUUCUGAGUUGACAGUCACAUGGGCACGACGAAAGAAAAACAAAACAACUCAGCUCUUUUACCAACACCACCUUUAAAUGAUUCGCCUUGGAAAUUUAAUAAUUUCACCAGGUGUAAAAAAGUUCGCAGCAUGUUGCCAACGUGAUGCUAGCAACAUUUUUCAUCGUCGUUUAAAUUGCAUUUACUGCUGAUUAUUUCAUGAAAAUUGGCAGUUCAUCGAAUUUAAAAAUUGUGUUCUAAUUGAUAUUCAGAAAAAUUGUAAAAAUCUGACUAAAAAGUAAAAGUAAAGUAAAAGUAAAUAAUUGUAAAAAUCUGACUAAAAAGUAAAGUAAUGUUUAAAUAAUGGAAAUACCCAAAAAUCAAAUAAUAUGAUUUUUAGCGCCUCAAACUCAAUGGGAUAAUUUUUGCACUAAUAAAAUAUUGUAAUAUUACCAGCGAAAUUUCACAGAUGUGAACAGACUACUACCCUUAACAUUUUAAAGUAGAGAGAUUUAGAGAAGAAUUUGAAAAAAUUUUGAUCCUAAUUUAAAAAAUAAAUGUACAUAAAUAUUUAUUUUAAAUUAUGAAACGACCGUUACUCUGUUUUUAACAAUCUAAAAUAUUUGUAUACUCAAACUCAAAAAACCUGACGUCGAAUUACUGCAGCCGGCAUUGAAAUUUCAUUUCGAGAUAAGACAAAUAUUCGCUCGACUCAAUAAGUAUAAUGCAAUAGCUUAUUAAUUGGCAAAAUUCAUUGUUUAUUGAAUUUUCACUUAUCACUUUCAUGCUCCUCAAUUAUCAUCACUCUCAUAUUUUCAAAAAAUUAAUAUUUAAAUAGCUCCAUCAGUGGAGCUUAGGAUUUCUUUUAUAUUUUGUUACUUUUACUUGACUUCCUGCUCAUUCAAUAUCUGCAGUAGGAUUCUGAAAUUACGUCGCAAACAAAUAUUUUAUACGCUUCGCGAAUUUCAGAAUCUCGCUGCAGAUUAUCAAAUUAUUUAUCCCGUCCGCGCCAACCAACCGACCAGUAAUCUUAAAACGAACACAUAAUUAAACUAACUGAAGUUGCUGUAAGAACUGGCAAGGAAAGCGCUUUCAAAGUUUCUCGAAUUCGUGUGAUCCAACGCUCUAUAUUCCUAUUUUGUGAAAGCUAUAUUGGAGGGGUGAAAAUGAAUAUUCUUAAUUGGUCAAUAAAAAGAAACUGCUUUUAAUUCACAUGUUUGCGGUUCGAUCAAAAUAUAUGUACAGGGUGGCUGAUGAAUUUUGCUACAUUAAGAAACUCAAAUAACUUUUUUUUUAGUGUAUGGAAUUCAUUUAUUUUUUUUUUUCAAGUUGAAGGUCAUUAAAUUUUAUUAAAUGUAGCUUAACUAUUUAGUUUUAAAAAUAAUUGAAUUUAAAUGCCCCCCAUGCUCGUUGACACAAGUGCGGCAUCUUAGUAAAAAGUGGUUCAUUGCUGCUUUGAGAGUUGCGACAGGAAUAGCCGCAAUUGUUGCCCGAAUGGAUUGUUUUAGUUCAUCCAAAUUUGUUGGCUUUGUUUUAUAAACUUCUUGUUUACAUAAACCCCACAAGAAAAAGUCAGGUGCAGUAAGGUCAGGCGACCUGGGGGGCCAACGAAAUUCGGAGUUUCUUGAAAUCAGUUUAUUGGGAAAUUUUCGUCGCAACUCUGUCAUAACAGUCUGGGCUAUGUGAGACGUUGCCCCAUCUUGUUGAAACCACACAGAGUUGAAAGGAAUUCUCUUUCGGCGUAGUUCUGGAUAGAAAAAUUCUUUCAGCAUUUUCAAAUAACGGUCUCCAGUAACCGUAACGGUGUGACCAUUUUCUUCAAAAAAAUAAGGAUGAAGAGGAUGCAAUUCCGUCUCGUGGAGUAUCUGUGGGUUAGAAGUACUCCAUAUUCGACAAUUUUGUU